UGCAAACCCUCUUUUUUUCCUUCUUCAAAUUCAACCUUUCUUUUUUCACCUUUCUUUUACCUUUAUUACAUAACAAUUUUUUAAAAAUGGGCGACACAAAGAUAGUCAUACCGGGCGACAUAAUCGACACGCACACAGAAGACAGCGACCAAACAAUCUUGCGGCUGGGUCCCGGUCUCACCCAAACCAACGACGACACAAGGGUGACUACUGCCGGUGUCCUGCACAGCGCCAAGGACAACACGCAAUACUGGGUAGUCAGCAACAAAAGACGCUACGUUCCAGCCGAAAGCGAGCCCGUCCUUGGCGUCAUCGUAGCCAGGCACGGCGAAGGCUACCGCGUGGACAUUGGCUCAGCGCACGACGCCCUGCUUCCGCUUUUGGCCUUUGAAGGCGCGACAAAACGCAAUAAGCCCAAUUUGGCCCUCGGCACCCUCGUUUAUGCGCGCGUCGCAGUGGCUAAUUCUCUGAUGGAUCCGGAAAUCGAAUGCUUUAAUUCAAAGACUGGGAAGGCUGAGGGGUAUGGUGAGAUGGCUGAGGGGUUUAUGUUCAAAUGCUCGUUGGGAUUGGCGCGCCGGUUGAUGGAUUCUAGGGCGCCGGUGCUGGGCGCGCUGGGUGCUGGGGUGCCAUUUGAGGUGGCCGUUGGAUUGAAUGGCCGUGUAUGGAUAAAUACUGCUUCGCCUGCUACUACUGUGCUGGUCGCCAAUGCUAUCAAGAACUCCGAGUUCUUGAAUCCUAAGCAGUGCCGCCAGAUGGUCAAGGAGCUCUUGGAGAAGCAGUAACAUUUUUGCACUUAAAUUUUAGAUUUUACGAAAAGAAGAAAGAAAAAAAACAUAGCCACAAAGUGUGUGAUUGGGUUGUGUUUGAAUCCCUUUUUUAUUCUGGCUGUAAACAAAAUUUAUAAUAUAGAUAUAAAAGAAUGCAAAAAUGAAACUAAUACUCACCUGUAUGAAUCCGCUUGUAUAGCUGCGUUUUAAACGGAUGUGUCAAUCUGGGAAAAUAAUAAUAAUAACAAUUGAGCAAUUAAUGCGGAAUAUCAUUGUUGCACGCAAAGCAAUCAAGUCACGCGAACAUCGAGGGAAA